AUGCGGUCCGGCAGCGAUAGCGACGCGUCUGUCGUGUUUGCCAGUGAAGUGGAUGGCCCCUUUAUGAGUGACAGUUUGACUGAACCAGUUUCUCGUCAGCCAUCGACCAAGGACGGCGUUACCUUUGCAACAGGGUCAAACAACUCGUGCUACGCUCCAACAAACAAUCCAUCGCAGUCUCUAGGACUCCGACACAAUCGAAACGAAGCGACUUGGGACGGGAAAAUGAUGCCGAACAAGGCUGCGACGAACAUUGCCCUCAUAGCGGCUCUACUCCUGCUGUUCUUCGCUGCGCCAACCUUCGCGGUAAGAGGGUACCAGCGACCAAACACCCUCCUCACCGUUCCCCAGCCGACAAUCACCACGACCACCCGUGAUAUCAGCAACAGAAUCGACGAGCAGCCCUCGAGAUGCCGCUGCGAACUUGUGAGACGGACCACGAAUGUCACGCCGCCGCAGUGCGUGGAUUACUGUGUAUGGAGAUGGGCCUGGUACUGA